AUGGCUGUGUCGACACUCGAACUGAGCGGCAAGGCGGCCGCGAUUCGAGUGGGCACGCCUCCGAGCUCGGACGACUACCCAGACGACGCCGACGGUUGGCACGACGCGCAGAACGACUGGCUCGAGCGCUGGAAGCCGGGAACCGCGCUGCCCGAGCCGGCCGACAGGAAGCGGCGUACCGAGUGGAACAAGCUCACCAAGCAGCACGAGCGCCACCUCAAGGCCGCCGAGGACGAGCCGCCCGGCGACGUGACGAUGACGGACCAAGACCUCCUGGCCGAGGCGGACGUCACUGCCGCGGACAUCGUGACCUCUCUCUCGUACCAGCUGAACGAGGAGCCCCAGUUCGGCUUCGAUCUGACGGUCGACCUCGCGCGCAUCGUCUUCGACUUCGUCUGCCCCGACAACCACCACCCAAGGUGGCUGCUCGCCUGCAAGCUCGUGUGCAAGAGCUGGCGGCGGAUCGUCGCGCACUACGACGAAAAGUGGCAGCGAAUCCUGCUCGCGCACUGCCCGGCGGCGCUUGCCCUUCCCAGCGGGUACGACGACGCGCACACCCGCUGCCCGCUUCGGCUGGCGGCGGUCAUCUGGCCACCACAGAGCGAGCAGGUCCACGUGCGGAAGCUGCGCGCCGACAACUUUGAGGUUGUGGUUGCGCUCCUCUCGGGCCGAGGGGGCGAGGCGCCCAAGGUCGAGUGGUCGCAGGUGCUCCAGCUGGACGAAGCGGCGCCCAUCGACUACCCCGCCCCUGGGGGGCCCGAGCCGCCGCAAGGGACCGGCUUCCAGUGGGGCGGCCUCGAGCUGCCCCUGCUGGACGGCUCUGCGCCCAAGACGGUGGAGGAGCUCAAGGCCGCCGUCGAAGCCAUUCACGCCGACUCGGCUCGCUUCGGAAGACUCGGCUGCGACCGGACGCUCAGCGUGAUACUGAGGCGCAAGAGCGACGAUAAGAUCGUGAUGUGCGGCCCGCCUGCUCGGUUUGCCUUCCAGGGUUGCAAGCUCAUCCUCCCGCCGCCGAUUCCGCCGCCGCAGGGCUGGGACGCGCCGACGAUGUACUUUUACCCGGAAAGGCUGCCCAUGGUCCUACAGACCUCGUCCGGGGAUGGGGGCCCGACACCCAACCCCACCUACCCGAGGGUGGUGAUCAAGCCCGCGCUCAGCCCGGCGAUGGAGAGCGGCGAGGUCAAGUGGUGCUUCGCCCUCGAGCUCGCGGCCAUCGGGGACGAGGACGAGCUCAACUCCUACCGUCCGAACCUCGACGUCAAUCCCUUCUGGCAAAUGGGAGUGAACCUGAUCUACCAGCGCGAGGACUGGGACGACGCGGAGAUGCACACGGUCGCCGAGGCGCUGGCGAUCGCAGACUGGAAGUGA